AACUCGCCGGUUUCUCGCGAUUAGCGAUUACAAAUAAUAAUAUAUUUCGCGAGAUAAGAAUUAUUAUUGAGCAUCAUGAUACGCGAGAACAAAGAAAAUAUUUAUUCUAAUCAUGUUUGUUGGUUUAAAAUAUUUUGCAAUUUUUACACGUUACGCGUUACAUUACAUCACUUGCGAAAAUCGGAGCACGGAGAGAGAUUUUCUGCGUGUCACGCUCUUCACAUUUAUUAUGCAUUUUUCUCGGUUCCACUUAAGAAUCUCUUAAUGUUAUUUCGUGCCAAUUCCAUACGGCACGUUGUUCAUAAAGCUCUCAAUUUAGCCAGUCUUACGUUUAAUUGACUAGUUCUUCAUUAUUAGAAAGGAAGGAGAAAUCUUUUACUCGUCUAACAUAUUAAACUUAUGUAAUUAAUAUCGGUUGUUAUUUAUAUAUUUAUUGACUUUAUAAUCAGUCGUGAUAACAUAUUACAGUUUUACCUGAGACAACAUGCUUACACAUUGAAUUGUCCAAGUAUCGGACUGAUAAAAUCAAGUGGUCAUUACAGGUAGUUGUAAGAGUCAUUGUGAGUAUAUGUACUGUGAGCACAAAGGAGAGAUUGGAAAGCGAUGAAAAUGACUACGGUUCCAGCUAAGCAUACUCUUCACAGUGGAAUUUUUCAUCCUGUCUUACGACAGUGGCAGUCUCCAAAUAUAGAGAUUACUGUCAAUAAUCUUAUGUAUCCCAUAUUCAUAUCGGAUGAGAAAAAUUCUAAAGACGCUAUUAAUAGUAUGCCUGGCAUCUACCGUUAUGGCAUUAAUCAAUUGGAAAACAUGUUACAACCUUUAGUUGCCAAAGGACUGCAGUCUGUCUUAUUAUUUGGUGUAUCGCAACAUCUUGAUAAAGAUGAGAUCGGAAGUAACGCCGACAGUGCAAGAAAUCCUAUUAUUCAAGCUGUACCAUUAUUGCGAAGAAAGUUUCCCAAUUUAUUGAUAGCAUGUGAUGUUUGUUUAUGCCCAUAUACAAUUCAUGGGCACUGUGGUAUUCUGAAAAAUGAUGGUAGCAUAAAUAACGCGGACAGUAUUCGAAGAAUUGCUGAAGUCGCUGUGUCGUAUGCAAAAGCUGGCGCACAAAUUGUUGCACCAUCUGACAUGAUGGAUGGAAGGAUAAGUGCAAUAAAACAUGGUCUAGCUGCUGCUGGAUAUUCAAAUAAAGUAGCAGUUUUAUCCUAUGCUGUAAAGUUCGCGUCAGGGCUUUAUGGGCCUUUCCGGGAUGCAUCGCAGUCUGCUCCCAAGUUUGGUGAUCGCAAGUGUUAUCAACUGCCUCCUGGGAGUAACGGUUUGGCAGCUAGAGCUGCUGCAAGAGAUGUAGAUGAAGGAGCAGAUAUGUUGAUGGUAAAGCCAGGACUGCCUUAUUUGGACGUGGUACGGCACACAAAGGAUGCACAUCCGCAAUAUCCUAUAUUUGUGUAUCAAGUGUCGGGAGAAUACGCCAUGUUAUAUCAUGGUGCACAAAACGGCGCGAUCAAUUUGGAGAACGUGCUGAACGAAAUAUUACUCUCCAUGAGAAGAGCGGCUUUACUGCUGAUGGUGGGACUGCUCUCAGUCGCCACAAUCGCAAAGGAGGAUAAGGAGAAGGAAGAUAUCGGUACGGUGAUAGGAAUUGAUCUGGGUACGACCUAUUCCUGCGUUGGGGUUUACAAGAAUGGUCGCGUGGAGAUAAUAGCCAACGAUCAGGGUAACCGUAUCACACCGUCUUACGUGGCGUUUACUAAUGACGGUGAACGUUUGAUCGGCGACGCCGCCAAGAACCAACUAACGACGAAUCCGGAAAACACUGUGUUCGACGCUAAACGAUUGAUCGGCCGCGAAUGGUCGGACCCGACUGUGCAGCACGAUGUGAAAUUCUUCCCGUUCUCCGUCAUCGAGAAGAACAAUAAACCGCAUAUCAAGGUUGAUACUAACCAGGGUGAGAAGGUUUUCGCACCCGAGGAGAUUUCAGCUAUGGUGCUGGGCAAAAUGAAGGAGACCGCCGAAGCAUAUCUCGGCAAGAAAGUCACUCACGCUGUAGUCACUGUGCCGGCUUACUUCAAUGAUGCACAAAGACAGGCGACUAAGGAUGCUGGAACGAUCUCUGGUCUGGUCGUAAUGAGGAUUAUCAAUGAGCCGACUGCUGCCGCGAUUGCGUACGGUCUGGAUAAGAAAGAUGGCGAGAAAAACGUGCUGGUAUUCGAUUUGGGCGGUGGUACUUUCGAUGUGAGUCUGCUUACCAUCGACAAUGGCGUAUUUGAGGUCGUCGCUACUAAUGGCGACACUCACUUGGGCGGUGAAGAUUUCGAUCAGCGCGUAAUGGAUCAUUUCAUCAAACUAUAUAAGAAGAAGAAGGGCAAGGAUAUCCGCAAGGACAACCGAGCUGUGCAAAAACUGCGUCGCGAAGUCGAAAAGGCUAAGCGAGCGCUCAGUGCAAGUCAUCAGGUUAGGAUCGAAAUUGAAUCGUUCUUCGAGGGCGAAGACUUCUCCGAGACAUUGACCCGUGCCAAAUUCGAGGAACUGAACAUGGACCUCUUCCGUAGUACCUUGAAACCCGUGCAGAAAGUUCUGGAGGAUUCCGACAUGAGCAAGAAAGAUGUAGACGAGAUUGUUUUGGUCGGCGGUUCGACCAGGAUUCCGAAAGUUCAGCAGUUGGUUAAGGAAUUCUUUGGCGGCAAGGAACCAUCGCGAGGCAUUAACCCCGACGAAGCCGUCGCUUAUGGUGCUGCUGUACAAGCCGGUGUGCUCUCCGGAGAACAAGACACCGAUGCUAUCGUACUUCUCGAUGUUAAUCCUCUCACCAUGGGUAUCGAAACUGUCGGAGGUGUAAUGACUAAGCUCAUUCCAAGAAACACGGUCAUUCCCACAAAGAAAUCUCAGAUUUUCUCCACGGCGUCCGAUAGCCAGCACACCGUCACGAUUCAGGUGUACGAGGGCGAGCGUCCCAUGACCAAGGACAAUCAUUUGCUCGGCAAGUUUGAUCUGACCGGCAUUCCACCGGCGCCGCGCGGUAUACCGCAGAUUGAAGUAACUUUCGAGAUCGAUGCCAACGGUAUUCUGCAAGUGUCCGCCGAAGACAAGGGCACGGGCAAUCGCGAAAAGAUCGUCAUCACGAAUGACCAGAACCGCCUGACACCCGACGACAUCGAACGGAUGAUCAAGGAUGCAGAGAAAUUCGCUGACGAUGACAAGAAACUUAAAGAGCGAGUGGAAGCGCGCAACGAACUCGAGUCGUACGCUUAUUCGCUCAAAAAUCAAUUGGCUGACAAGGAAAAGCUUGGUUCGAAGGUGAGCGAUGCGGAUAAAACUACAAUGGAGGAAGCGAUCGAGGAGAAGAUUAAGUGGUUGGAGGAGAAUCAGGACACUGAUCCAGAGGAAUACAAAAAACAAAAGAAGGAGCUUAGCGAUAUCGUUCAGCCAAUCAUCGCCAAAUUGUAUCAGGGUGCAGGCGGUGUCCCACCUACCAGUGGUGGAGACGAUGAAGAUCUCAAGGACGAGCUUUAACUGCAAGCCGCUCCCUUCGAUUCGCGGUUUGGACUGAUUACUCGGCUCCACGAGCAAAUACUUUACAGAAGUGUCGUUAUUACACAAUAAUUACGAAAAGUUGGGAAAGGGAUACAGUUUUCACCGUACAUUUAGCUUUAAAGGUGUGUCUGGUUCUAAGUUUCCCCUAGAUAAUAAAUAGCAUAUCUAAAAUUUAAGACUCUUAGGUUAGGAAGGCAUUUGAAGCUAAAUGUGCAGUGGGAAGUAUACGAGUCUUUGUUGUAAAUCGUCAAUGUACAUUUAAGAAAAGUGCGAGAAAAUGCCUGAGGAUGCCGGAAUGUCUCGUCGGAUUUUUCGUACACUCUACGUAAGUAAGAGCACUUGGAUAAAUAUACGUUAUAAAUACGUCAAAUAUUUAUUAAUACAUAUAAAAUUUUAACAGUUUAUAUUGAUUCUAACAUUGUUUCGCACUUUCUUUGAAUGAAUUUCAAUUCUAUUGUAAAUUGAUCGCUCGAUUAUGUACAUACAAAAUGCGACGAGAGAACUCCGUGCUCGAUCGAAUUACAAUAAAACGAAAAUUUAACGUGAUGUGUGCAAAAUAUUGCACAUUGUUUGAAGAUUUCGUUCUAUUGUGCUUCAUUCGAUUGCGCUUAAUACGUUCGAUUUUGAAUGAUGCUAAUAUAGGAACGAAGGUAUUGUCAUGUGGAAAUCAUUGUCAGCCAAUCUCUGUAUCGUGUUUGCUAAAGAGGGAUAUGAGCCUCUUGAUGAAGAGAGAAAACAAUCUAGCACGGAGGGGCCGGGGGAGGCAUCUUUCCGACGCUCUAUUCAUUUCUCCCCCGCAACAAACACACACACAUACACACACACACACACACAUACACAUAUACAUUGACUCCACUGCGUUAUUAAUUUAUUUCGAUGAUUGUUUUAUAUGUCUCAUUAUGUGUAAUAAUGAUAAUCGAUUAAUCGCGGAGCAAAGCGCGUUAAAGAUUUGUUCGCGAGUAUGCGUGAGAGAGUGAAUGAUGAACGGAUACGUGCACGGGCUUGCACUUGUAACUCGUAGUACUGCCAUCGUACUAUGUACAAUGUAGCCCAGUCUCUACGUGUGUCAGCGCAAACAUGUAUCGUAAGAAUAAAGAUUUUUUUCAGUAAACCAUA